UUUCUCCCCUGCUCCUGCUCGUGAUUAAGGCAGCAAUCAGCAGGAACCUGGACAUACACCUUGUGUCGGUUCAUCCUCUCGUCUAGCUUGUCAGACACACAGGAACAGGAGGCGGCCGGCGAGGUUUUGGCUGCUGGCUGCAGUAGGCAGUUGCUGGCCUUGGGGGUGAAACAAGAGGAGACGAUGGUGCAAGGAGUCGUAAAAAAAACAAAAAAGACAAAAUCAGAGGCCAAGGUAAAGGGAUCGAAACCCGACCAACCCAUUCGAAUCCUCAAUGAUGAAGGUAACAUUCAUUUGCAGAUUAGCAAAGGAUGUGGUAUAGAGUAUUACCCACAGCGAUUUCCCAAAGCGCUUGCCGACCGUUGGAUGAAGGCUCUCGAUGCCGGGAUCCCGUGGGUUCGACCGGAGAUCUCGGUCUUUGGCAGGAAAACCCUUCAGCCCAGGGAAACGUGCUACAUCGCCGACUCUGACGUUCGGGGAUACAAGUACAGCGGUUAUCAGCCACGUGUCCAUUCCUGGGAGGAGUUCCCUGUUGCGCGGGAGAUUCUGGAUAAGCUUCAUCAGGCGUUGCCAGAGUGGAUGAGGUUCAACAGUGUGUUGAUUAAUAGGUACGUCAACGGAAAAGACUCCGUGGCAUGGCACUCGGACGACGAGCCCGUCUAUGGCGAUCAGCCAACCAUAGCUUCGGUGACACUUGGUGCCAGUCGCGAGUUUCUCCUGAGGAGGAAGAAGACGGCGAAGAAAGAGUCUGUAUCUGGUCAGAACGUGUCUGUAUCUGGUCAGAACGUGUCUGUAUGUGGUCGGAAAGGAGAAGAAGGGGAAGAGUGCAGGAUAGCGAAGGAAAAAGGUGUGAACUUCUGGGAGCAGAGCGUGAAGAAGCAGGCACCUUGGACCCCCUCCAGCGCACCAGACAGGAUCGCAGUGUCUGUAUGUGGUCAGAACGUGUCUGUAUCUGGUCAGAACGUGUCUGUAUGUGGUCAGAACGUGUCUGUAUCUGGUCAGAACGUGUCUGUAUCUGGUCAGAACGUGUCUGUAUCUGGUCAGAAUGUGUCUGUAUCUGGUGGGAAAGUAGAAGGGGAAGAAUGCAGGAUAGCGAAGGAAAAAGGUGUGAACUUUUGGGAGCAGAGCGUGAAGCAGGCACCUUGGACCCCGUCAAACGCAGCAGAUAGGAUCACAGUGUCUGUAUGUGGUCAGAACGUAGAAGAAAGGGGGGAAGAAUACAGGGCGGCUGCGAAGAGAAGGAGAAAUGGGCAGGCUGAUGAUGCUCUGAAGAAGAAUGCUAGCUCGAGUCCUGAGGAGAACAGGGCAGACGAAACUCCAGCAGCAGCUGCAGCUGCAUCUGGGGUGACUGAGAGGGCCUGGCGCUCGUCGCGGUCUACGCGAACGUUGUUAGAUCUCUGGGGUGUGCGGGGAAAGAGAGCCAGUGAGGGGAAGGACAGAGGUGGUGGCAAGGUGUUAGGAGAAGAAGUGUCGGGUUCUAGGAGGAUGAAGGAGGAGGAGGAGGAGGAGGAGGAAGGAUUGGAGGCAGAGGAGGAGGGGUCAUCCAGUCCCACGACCAAGUAUAGCUUCACACUGCAACAUGGGUCGCUGCUGGUAAUGAAGGGGUAUACGCAAAGGGACUGGGAACACUCAGUUCCCAGGAGGGCUGGCAUCCACACCACAAGAAUCAACCUUACUUUCCGUCUAGUGAUUGAACGCUGAUUGACACUUUUUUUUUUUCUUUUUUUUUUUGGGAGCAUUUUUCUUGGCUUCUUCUUCUUUUUCUUCUUCUUCUUCUUCUUCUUCUAGGCUGUAUUCCGCUGAGUCCGCUCUUCGACUC